CGAGAAAGCCAUCGUGUUAAUUAUGAUGUUGAAUGUACUCUUCCAACUAAAUAGCCAUUUGGAAGAAAUAAAUUAAUGUUUCAGUGAAAAUUUUCAAUUGAACAUGUAAUUCCGUAGUGGAGUGGUAAAACGAGAUAAAUUAAUUUACUUCGAUCAAUAAUCUCAUUCCGUAUGUGAAAUGGCAUAUGUGCAAAGUAUAUAACAUAUAUUAGCGUAAAAGUGCAAUAUACCAGGUAUGAAUCUGUUAAUAGAUUAUCUUCGGUGAUACAGUGGUGAUGAUUAUCUGCACAUAUUCUUUCCUCGAGGGACAUCGUUUCAGCAUUUCACAAAGUUUCAAUUCAUAGUUUCAUUGAAAACUCAGAUGACACCGUGACUGAAAUUCGAAGAAAUUUCUAGCAGUGUGUGUUGGGUGGGUUCUGGUAGUCCAUGUGGUCCUUUGAUACCGGACUGCUUGAGUUUUCUGAUGUUUGCCUGCGGUCAGGGCACUCAACAGUCGUGCACCAACCGUCCAACCGGCUGCACCAAUCCACGCACAAACAAAACGCAGAAUAUACAAAACCCUCGCUACUUUCAAAGGAACAACUGAGUGACAAAACAUGUACAUUGAAUAGCCAGUGCAAUUAAUUUUGUGACAAAAAAUGCGGGGAAAAACUGUAGUUACGUAAACGAAUGGAUUGAGUGGGACUCGAGGUGGAACAAGCAAGGAGCAUUUAUUAAAAUUGUUUUCAAUUAGUUUUUUUUUGUCUCUCCGCAAUUAUCACACUCGACACUGGCCUGGGAUUCGACGAGAAUGCUCCAUUUGGUGGUGCAUGAGCAUUUUGGAUAGGCCCUCAGGGGUUGAUGUUUGAGAAAUGGGGGUCGAUCAGCUCGGCCUCCUCCUCUGGAAGAAUUAUGUAGUCCGGAAGCGACGACCGGCAAUCCUUGGUCUCGUCUUCAUCUGGCCCAUCGUCAUAUUUAUGUUGUUGUAUAUUGUUCGCGACAAUGUACAGCCAGAGUACAAUCCCACCUGCCAAUUUCCAGCUAGGCUUAUGCCACGUGAUGGUCUUCUACCUUUCGUGCAGAGUUAUAUCUGCAGCGUUGGAAAUCCUUGUGAUCCCCUCGAUAAUUACGAGGAGGUGCCUUCAUAUCGAAAUGCCAGACUUGGCCCACUCAUGCUGGAGUUUCAAUCACUCCUCCCCAACGAGACGAUUCUGUCCGCCGUGAAAAGUCUACCCCAGAGCGUGAAGUUUCUCCGAUCAAUGGCAGAAAUCCUGACAAAGCCAGAAAUUAAGCAGUUGUUUGAUCGUGGCCUGAGACUGGGUGAUUUAUUCAACAAUCACGAAGUCGUGAAGAACUCUCUGAUGAAGCAGUUGCCGGGUGUCCGGGAGACUCUCAUAGAUGAUCUCUUUGAUACCUCAAUAAAACUGUAUUAUCUCAUCGAAUCGUUCGGCUCAUCGAACAUCGACGACGUUGUUUGCACCCCCUCCAGCCUCAAGGAAUUCCUCAUCGCCCCGAGAGAGGAAAAUCUCCAAGAAAUAUCGAACGCUCUUUGCCACCUAGACUCCAGCCAAGUGCCUCUGAUACUUCAAAAAUUAACGGAUCACCUGGACUUCGAUGGUCUUCUGGAGGUGGUCAGUCGGGUGAUGGCGAAAUUCCGCGAGUACGACUUCAUCGGCGACAUUACAAAAACCAUAAUGACAACCCUGAACCUCGAAACAGUAAUCAAACAUGUCCCCGAGUACUUAAAACUCCGUGAAUGGAUUCCGAGCAUUCUCUCUCUCUUCCGCACCUUGAGUUUCAAGAAAAUCGACCUAAACUUCAUCAACCGAACCAUCGAAAUCCUCGAUCCAGUGUUCACAGGCGAUCACAACUGGCCAGUCGCACGCUCUGGUUUAUCCAAGUUGAAUUCACUCCUGGAAAUAAUGAAAGAAGUACUCGAGAGAAAUAGAACAGAGCAAGAACAGGGGAGUCCAACUGAACUUUCCACAGAUCUGGGUGAACGUGUAAAAGCGUCUCCUCAUCACCUUUUAAAUCUAGAGGAUGUGACUAAAAUAAUGGAUGGUAGUUACAGAGUUCUCCAGGACGGUGUGAAACUGAUGAAGCGAUUGUUGGAUCGUCACAAAGAUGACAUGGACUUGGCAGCAGAGGCUUUUGACAGUUUGAGAAACCUCUUCUCAGACAAGAUCAUGAACAUGAUGACGUAUUUGAAUUCCAUGAUGGAGAAUGUCGUGCGGAUGAUCCACCACGUGGCGAUAAUCCACGAAGAGCUCCAACAGAGAAUAUACAACAUAUCGAAGACUCACGAGACGGUCGUCAAUAAAAUCCUGACUGAACUGAAUCCCCAGUUUUACCGAAACCUCAUUCAAACGUUUUCACACCCGUGGCAAACAGAGAAGUUCAUCGAGGCUGCAGCUAAGAUGCCCCUAUCAGAUAUGAUCUGUUCAAAAGAGACUUUCAACCAAAUCUUCAAGCCGAAUUCCUCACCUCCACGGGAAUUCGAAUUGAUUUGCUCUGAUGAGGGCAAACGAUUCGUCAAAGACAUCUCCAGGGCCCUCGAACUCCAAGAAUUCCGAACAAUUGUCGAGAACACAUUAGAGACGUUCGUGAACAUGGCCUUCAAGCAACCGGUCUCCAUUGAAAAAUCCAAUACAACUUCAUUACUUAAAAGUAUAAAACUCUUCCUCAAUUACCAGGAGCACCCGCCUCUGAAGAAGAUCGACUGGAGUGACUUCAAGCUGUCAGAAAACUGGCUGAAGACGUUCCAUGAGACUUCAUCAGAAGGUCGAAAGGACAUCCUGAUGUAUCACCUGAGUCUUGCAAAGAUGAUCGGACUCCGGAGUAUUUCAUACAUGAAGAUCAAGCCGGAUCUGGAGAACAUGGACAUGAUGGCGGACGUGAUUCUCGAUGAUUUACGUGAGAACUCAACGAGUUGGAUAAAUGACGUUCGUGAGCACGAGUCAGAACUACUGGAGUCAUUUUACCUGACAGUCUCGGAUCGCAAUAAAACAUUGGAGAUCCUCGAGUACUCAAAUUUCACGCAGGUAUAUUGCGUCCCUUCAAAUCCACCGUCCCUGAUUAAUUACCCGGAGCGUGGUAAUGCCUCGUUGCUGAAGGCUCUUGUCUGCAGAUUAUCCCGUGCCGUCCAGAAGCAGCUGGACAUACACGAAAUACCUGUUUACCUAUUAAGAGAUCGUAAGCCCUUCAACUGGACUCUAUUCAAUGGUAAAGUCGUGGAAAUCUACGGAUACGUGGACUCGCUGGUGCAGUUCGACGAUGAAAACGAUUACUAUUUCAAAAAUCUAGAAAAAUUCAAAAGAGAUUUCACAGAGACUUGGACAACGAAUCUCACUCCGGAGGACGGAGCACAGGUAAUCGUCGGUGGGCUCUGCAGAUUGUUCGGUCUAGCUGAGAGUCGGCUUUUUAAUAUUCAGGAGAAAGAAGGCUGGAGUAGCCUGCAGGCAGUUGCCUGGUCGAUCUCCACGAUCACCAACAAGAUGGAGAGGAUCCUGGACGAUCUGUCAGGCAUAAAAGAACCGGGAAGACCAACGGACCUGGACGACAUGCCGGAGACUGAUCUCCUGUUGGAGACAGCUCUUCGACAUCUCCCCUCGAUAAGUCUAGACCUCGUCAAUAUAUUCACCCAGAAGAAUCCCGUCCACAUCAUCACAAUGAUCACCGAUCACAUGAAGAAGGAGCCGAACUGGCCUUGCUCCCACAAUCAGAGUCUCGGUGAGGCCCUCGGUCUCCGUCCUGGCACAAUUCAGCUCGUCCAGCGGAUCGAAAAAAUAAUCUGCAACCCUGGCCCCUUCAUCAGAGAAUGGACCACACAACCGACAUUCUCAAGAACUGCCGAAAUAUUCGCUCCAAAUGGUCCUGGAGACGUGCCAGCUUUCGACUGGACUGCGGGAUAUGUCAGAUUCCGAGGACUCGUCAAGAAAUUUUCCCCUCAAAUUAAAAAACUGACCCCCGGAGAGAUUGUCCAGGGUAUCGCUAAAGUCCAGGAGAAAGCCAAAAGCUUUCUCGAUUUCAUUGACCUGGAGAUCGAUAAGGGUAUACCAACGCUACAGAGCAAUCUAACAGCCAGAGAAGCUUGGAUGUCAACUGGAAGGGCGCGAGGAAUUGAUGAGAUUCUCGUUAUCGCUAAAUUCACCUCCAAAGUACUUCACGAUCUCGUUCAUCUUGGCUUGGAGAUACUGGAAAAACCUGUGGAGACUAAUGCUAAAAGUUUGAACAUUCUCACUCUCCUCGGAUUCACGAGUAAGAGUAUAGUAUCUGUAGUGCACCAACGUCUCCCUUAUAUUUUAGCGAGCGUAGUUUACGGCAUAUCCGAUCCAGAACUAGAUCAUCAGAUAUAUAAAGCGAUUGAGAAUGGGAAUGGUAUAACGUGUACCGACAUAUUCUCAUGGUUUUUUGAUUACAAAGUGGGAUUGACGGAUGAGGAGUACUUGAAUUUAAAAAAUUUCACUUGCGAUCAUGAUGCCCUUUAUUUCAACGAAUACUUCGAUCUCUAUCUCAAGGAGACUGCGUACUGGGGGAAACCCGUGUCUCAGUACAGAAGUUAUUUCUUCACUUUGGCUUACGAUAUUCAUGACUUGGCUGUAAUUAUUGAAGCUGCUGUUGAUGGGAAAAUGGGUAUCGAUCCGCCCGUCGAUAAACAGUAUCUCGAUGGUGCUAUUACUACUCUGAAGAAUGUACUCCAGGUCCCUAGGGUAUUAACAUCCAAGUCACAAACAAAACAGCCGGAGAGUGGUUGGACAAUUUAUCGACUCAUUGUUGAAGGUAUUUCUGAGGCAUUUAAAAACGCUGCUUACGCUCUCAAGGAGAACAAAUUAGGGAAUAAUGUAGUGCACCUGUGGGACCUGGUGAGACCUGGGGAUGUCCAUCAGCUUGUUAAAUUUAUCGAGGCAAGGCCCAACGAGGCCCUUUCAUUAGCCGCAACUCUCACGACCUUCAAUAGAUCAGAUAAUUCCUUGGAUUCUCUCAAAGAACUCCGACACAGAAUGUGUUAUUUACGGUUCAAUUCGAGUUACUGGAGGGAGAGGAACAACUCACAGUUCCUCGAUCACAUGUGCACGUACGAUCCCCUUCAAUUAGUGAGGAGUGCAACCAGUGAGGAAUACGUGAAUCUCGUCACAGGGAGAAGUUCAUCGUUGGAAAAAAUCGAUCCUCUAUCGAAAUCGUUGAUCAAGUUCAUCGAUGCCCUCUGGACAAUUCGCGAAACCUCUGGGGAAUUGACCUUUCACUCGUCAAUCCUCAAUUUUACAACAUGGAGGCACCUUCCGAAUGACUCCAGGAGAUUAAUUCACGAAGCGGAACAGUCGUGGGUGCACAAAAUUCUCGUGGAACUGGUCCCCCUGGAGCACAAUUUCUCGGUGCAGACAUUUUCAGAGAUCGGUUUGACCAAAAUUCAGAGAAGAUACGAAGAUUCUAUCCUGAAUUCAGUACGACAGAUCAUGGAGCUCGUUGAUGCCUGGAUGAAUUUAAUAUCCGGUGGAGAUGUUUGGCAGAAGCUGCGGAUGUCCUUCGAAAAUACCAGAGUGAAAUCGGUGUUGAAUCUGAUCGAAGAUACCCCGAACCUCAUCAUCACGAUUCUGGAGACAUUCAUCAGCUCCGAGAGACUUACCGAUUUUUUCGAUAAAUUCUUAAUUGGUCAGGUAAAUCUCUGCGAUGUGGAAAAAUAUCUCAUACCCCCGCCUUACAUCAGGAAGAAGGGAAUUUUAACGAGCAUCACGAAUUUCUGCCAGAAGGUCCUCCUCGCUGAUACCGCCGUCAGCAUCAAUGACCUCAAACCCCUGAGCAUUCUCAAUAUAUCACUCAGUGGAAAUAUUCUUGACGACAUAAACAUAAAAAAUAGCGACGGCAAUACUUGGAUCCGAGUUACAUUGAAUGAGACAUACUUUAUGGACACUUUAGAAAAUUUUCAAUCGACCCUUUUGCGAUCUGUCUGCGAUGGCAAUAAACCCCUAAAAGUACCUUCCUGGUGGAUUUCAUUCCGCGAAGGCACUUUAAUUGACUUUAAAAAGCAAUAUCAAGAGAAAGAUUUGCGCUCAUUGUCCCACACUAUAGUAACCAAGUCGAUUAAAAUUAUCAAGAAUAUAUUAUUAUCAUCCACUGAGUUGAGGAGUUCGUGUUCGUUCUGCGACACUCGUGUCGUGGAGAUUCUUAAUUCGCAGUUGAGUAAUCAUCGGAUAUAUUCGGAUAUUCUGUGCAAGUACAAGAGAAUGAAAGUGUCAGAGCUGCAGGAUGUGCUAAAUGAGCAAUUGUACUGGAAGAAGACUAUCGGAAUGAUAAAGAAUUACGAAUUCAUGACCAAGAAAUUUAACGUCGAGAGCUUCAUUAUCGCAAUUGAAGACAGCCUGCACUACAUCACGGAUAUCAUCAUGGAUUAUAAAAAUCCCACGGGUGAUAACAAGCUGGAGUUGUGUCUGAUGAAUGCCGUGGAGGGUGUGAGGACCUUUUCACCGGCAAUCUACGUUAAAAUUUUGGUUGGCGGGCUUGAUGGUUUGAGGGAAAAUAUAAAAAUCAUAGACACGGUAAAUAACCACGAGACUCUACUCAAUUAUACAAGGUUGGCUGAGAAGUUCAUCCCUAUUUGGAAGCCCCUGAAGGACAUAGUAAAACAUUCUAGUGUUGUUGAAAUCCAGAGGGUCUUGCCGAACGCCUCAUUAAACGUGAAUUUAUUGUUCGGAGAGAGAACUAAUUCCCUCUGCAAACGUCAGGACUGCAGAAAUACGACGACUUUUAAUAAUUUUCUCAACUCCAGGGGAGCUCAUAAGCUUCUUAAUUACGAGCCCAGGGCUGCCAAUUACCCAUCAACUCUGGAGGUCUCGCAACUUUUAACAAACCACUUGGACUUUGAAUUGAUAAAUCGUGAAAUUGUGUCAUGGAGAGCAAGUGCUGCAUGGAAUUUCACCUGGAUACAACAGAUUCUCGAGCAUUUGACAUUGGCACUGGAGGAGAGCGGUAGUCUCCUGGAAGUGGGAAGUAAAAUUGAUUUUCAAGAUGUAUCCAAUGUCCUGGGAGUGCCUGACGUUGCUGACGGCGUUGUCUACCUUGUCAAGGACCGAACUAUCGAUAAACUCUUUGCUGCACUCAAGGACAUCGUCGAGGACAUCGAGCCAUUCCUCGAGAGUCCUGAAGUUAUCCGAGACCUCAACGCCAUCGUCGACGCUUUUGAGUCCAUGGAGAUAUUCAGGAAUUUGGGGCUGUUGGAUAUGAAGUACUCGGUCUCGGAGAUGUUCCAAGAUUGGCGGGGCCUCCGCAAGUUUCUGGUUGAGGACAUUAAGUUUUCUGAUGAUCUUGUGGAUAUUUUGAGUGGAACAAAGGUGGACAUGCUCUCGGUGUUCAUGAAGGAACGAUCUGCACUGAGUCUGACGGAUACCAUUUGUUCCACUGACAAAUUAGAGGAGAUGCUAGAGUUCCAGGGGUCCAGCACAUCUGCUGAGGAAGUCAGUCGUGUCCUCUGCUCUUUGAACUCAUCGGUGACCCAGGAUCUCGCGAUAACUCUCAUAAAAAAUAUAAACUUCGAUUAUGUCUUCAAGAACUUGAUGAGCGCUAAUGUGAAGAACAUCCUGAAGAAUGCGAAUUUGUCGACGGCCGAGGGGAACGAGAUAUUCGAUAAUCUCGGGGUUGUGGGUGAACUCCUGCCGGUGUUCAAGGAUAAGAUGUCCUCGAAUUUUUCUUCCGAGGAGUCUGAAACUAUGAAGGAAAAUUCCUCGACUCUCACCAGUGGUAAAUUCCUGGAAGAAGCCAGUGAACUAAUGUGUGGUAGACAGAUGGUAUCAGAUAGUGGUGAAUUUUACAGGAUAAUCAGUCAAAUCGAGGACACUAAGAAAACAGUGGAUCAGAGGGAAUUGGAUUCGUUGCCCACUGAAUUUUGUCGGGACACUUACAAGAGUUUCUUGAGCAUGACGGGGGGUAAAAUCGUGUGGUCGUAUGUCAAGCCCCUUCUCCGAGGUAGAAUUCUCUACGCCCCGGAUUCACCAGUGAUACACAGAGUAAUGAGCCUCGCAAAUCAAACAUUCCAUGAAAUGGAAAUAUUCAGUCAAUUCAUGUCGAGUAUUGAAACAACGUUAAUUGCUGUAGCUAAUUUAACGGAGAUGGGGGAUAAUUUGAAGGACUUGAAGGAGAUAAUGGGGUCUAAAGUGAUGAAAAUAGCUGUUAAAUCGAUGAGUGGAGGACGAGUCGAGGGUGAUUUAUCGAAUUUUGAAUUGGGAGAUUUGGCGUGGAAAUUGAAGAAAUCAAAUAAAUUAAUCACGAUGAUUGGAAUGCUGAAUAAUCUAGUUGACUGUAUUCUCAUUGACAGAAUGAUUGGAUUUUCAACGGAGGAGGAGCUCGAAGUGGAAGCACGAAAACUCACUGAUACAAAUGAAUUUCUCGCUGGGGUAGUUUUUCUCGACAAUGAGAAACUAUCAAGGCGAUCUCUGGGGGUCGAAACUUUGGGGUACGAUGUUAAAUAUAAAAUACGGAUGGACGUGGAUUACGUACCAUCGACAAAGAGAUUGAAAAAUCAAUUUUGGGUACCUGGACCUGAAGGCUCAUUUAUCGAGGAUUUGAGAUAUCUGCGGGGUUUUGUACAACUUCAGGACUCUAUUGAUCGGGCUAUUAUUGAAGUGAAAUCGGGGAAGGAGCAGAAUUGGAAAACCGUGUCACAACAAAUGCCUUAUCCAUGCUGGAAGUACGCACCCUUUCAGAGAACUCUCUACGAGUCCCAGGGUUUAAUCACGUGUUUUUUCUUCGCUAUGAUGAUGUGCGUCGGCUCGGCAGUUCGAUACAUCGUUUGGGAGAGGGAAUCACAGAAUUCAAUGGUAAUGAGUGUAAUGGGAUUAAAACCCUGGAGGAAUACUCUCGCUUGGUUCAUUACCACGACAAUUGAGUUGACGAUUGUCGUAACGUCAAUUUGCAUAAUUCUCGUUGCUGGAAAAAUUCUACCACUCUCGGAUCCUGUUCUAAUUAUGAUUCUCUUUCUCGAUUACGUUUUUGCGGCUGUUACAUUUUGUUACAUGAUCAGUACAAUGUUCAGAUCGGCUAGUUUGGCUGCUGUGACCACUGUUGUUAUGUUUCUACUGACUUAUAUGCCUUAUGUUAUUGUUAUUGCUAUGGAGGCUACGAUGGGACUUGCCUGCAAUUUUAUUUUGUGUCUCAGUAUGUCGACGAGUUUUUCCUACGGAUGUUUGUAUGCGGUUCGCCGAGAGGUUCAAGGGACCGGCAUGCACUGGAAUCACAUAUGGCAACAGCCAAGCCCUGGGGAUCCCAUGUCCUUCGGUAUGAUACUCAUCAUGAUAGCAGUGGACGGUUGUCUGUACGCAGCAAUCGGCUACACAAUAGUCCGAUAUACAAAUUCAGGGAAAGGCUCACCGAGUCUGCGAUCGCGUAGUUUGUGGUGGUCCGAUCCACGUGCACUAUUCGGACAGCCUAGCUACCUUGCAUUCGUCAACAAUCUCUAUUUCACUAAUGAUGUACUGCACAAUUCGACGACUUAUCAAGAUGAGGACAAUGAUUCAACGAUAAUGGCAGUGAGUGAAAAACAAGUAGGUGUGCGAUUCGAAGGCGUAAAGAAGGUUUACACGACAGAACAGGGAGAGUACACAGCCGUAGACGAUUUCACCCUAAAAUUGUGUAAAGGAGAAGUAACCGGCCUUCUGGGUCGUAACGGAGCUGGCAAAACCACAAUAAUAAAGAUGUUAACAGGCAUGAUAGCCCCGACAUGCGGUGAAAUAUAUCUGGACGGUGAAGAAGGGAGCAAACCAGACAUCGGUGUUUGCCCUCAGGAGAAUGUCCUCAUCGACACCUUAACACCACGAGAGCACAUGAUAUUCUACUCGAAACUGAAAAGACCACUGAGCGAGGAAGAAAUGCUGAAAGACGUUAACUCAAUGCUGGCAUCCCUGGAAUUGGGUAAACAGGAGCACGAACCGGUGUCCAGACUAUCUGGUGGAACCAAAAGACGUCUUUGUGUGGCCCUAGCCUUCCUCGGCUCUCCAAAACUGGUGAUCCUGGAUGAGCCUGGUGCUGGUGUUGAUCCAGCGGCCAGAAGACGCAUUUGGCAUCUGAUUGACCAACACAGGCAGAAUCGAACUGUUCUUUUAUCAACGCAUCACCUGGACGAGGCUGAUAUGCUGAGUGAUACAGUUGUGGUGAUGCACAAAGGGAAGAUUCUGUGCACCGGUUCACCCUUGAGCCUUAAAACUACAUAUGGGCAGGGCUAUUGGUUGAACAUAGCCUUCUCAAAUACCGAAUCUGAUCAGUAUAAUCAAUAUGCUGAACGCCAACGGCUGGAGCAGCUGCGAAAAUUGGUGGAGGGUGUUGUUUCAAAUGCGAGUGUUGAUUCCCUGGGCUCUGAAGUGAGGGUGAACCUUCCCUUCCAGGGUAAACACGGCGUCGCUAAUGACAUUGCUAGAGUGAUUAAAAAUCUGGAGGAGAACAAGACGAGCUUGGGCUUCUCGAGGAUUUCGUUGGACUGUGAUACAUUGGAGAGGGUUUUUCUAAAUCUGUGUGGAAAAGCCGAGAACGAGAGUUCGGUAAUUGGUGGGAGUCUGGCUAGUGUAAAUAGUGGGGGCUCGACUCAUGUAAAUAUCUCCGAUGAUACUGAAAAUAUAAUAACUGAAAUGAUGGUUAAGCCUUCACCGUGGAGGCAAGCUCGGGCUCUUUUGAAGAAGAGAAUGUGGCAUUUUUCGAGAGAUUGGCGUGCACCACUGGCUACUCUCCUUUUACCUACUGUUUUUGUCGCCAUUGCUAUGGGUUUUUCACUCAUUAGACCACCGUCGAGCGAUGAACCACCUCUCGAUCUCAGUCCCAAGCUCUAUGAUACCCAUGUGACUUAUUUUUACAGUAUUGAUAAUAGUAGUGAUUUAUUUUUACAACGGGUAUCGUCGCAAUUGUAUGAUAAAUUUGGGGGUGAUUAUGCUGGGGCUUGGCAAAUUCAACCCAACGACACUGGCACUUGUGAAUGUUUGGAGGGCCAACAAGUUUGUCACGGAGUUUCCAAGUCGGUUGAGGGACUCUUUCAGACGCUCCCCGGGCGGCCAACUCUCGAUUGGAUAGUUUCCACUUUUCAUGAAUACAUUGAAAAGAGAUAUGGCGGCUGGUCUUUGUCCCACUGGAAAGAAGAUCCAUUAUUCGUGGUUUGGUUCAAUAACAAAGGACACCAUUCAUUACCAGCGUAUCUCAAUUCACUGAAUGGUGCUAUUUUACGGGCUUCUGGGGUUCCUGGGCGGAUAACGACUUUUAAUCAUCCACUCAAGUUGUCCAGUGACCAACUAAAUCGCACCAGUGUGCUUCAGCACGUUGCGGAUGUUGGAAUCGCCCUGGUGCUUCUGAUUGCCUUCAGUCUGGUUGCAGCACAAGGUGCCAGGGAACUUGUUAGAGAAAGAUUGUCGGAAGAAAAACGUAUUCUAUAUCUCGCUGGAGUCCACCCUGCUACCUAUUGGACAACUGCAUUUGUCUGGGAUUUCCUAGUUUUCCUUUGGUCAAUUGCACUGGCUGUCAUUGUUUUCGAGAUUUUUGGAUUACCAGCUUAUGUCGCCAGAGCCAACCUCCAGGGAACGUGUUUGCUCCUUAUGCUCUUUGCAUGGGCAUCCAUUCCAUUCACCCAUUUCAUGGAAAAAACCUUCGACGACGCAACUCUGUCCAACAUGGUUCUCUUCUGCCUGAACACAUUUAUCGGAGUAAUUUGUCUCGCCACAAUCCUAGUGAUUGACAUAGUAGGAAAAAGUCAAACAGCAAAAGAUACACGCCAACUGCUUCAUAAUUUGAUGUUAUUUUUUCCACAAUACGCACUGGGUGAUGGUCUCGUGCAGAUGUCAACAAAUGACAUUACAGCUGAACUACUCGAGAGAUUCAACAUGGAUACGUACAAAUCACCGCUUGGUUGGUCACUCAUAGGACAGCAUUACGUAUACCUCUUCUCAGUUGGUGUGGCAUUUUAUCUGGUCAACAUAAUCACUGAGUGCCGACUUUUUUCCUUGGGCAAGCGAAAUUCCACAGUGAAUGAUAAAAUAAACGACGAGGACGAAGACGUCUCGAUGGAGAGAAUGCGAGUGGAGAAGAGCACUGACAGAGACAUAAUUAAAACAGUCAGACUGAGAAAGGAAUAUCGCAGUGUUUACGGUAGAAAUGUUGCUGUGAAAAACUUGAGCUUUGGUGUACAAACUGGCACUUGUUUCGGUUUGUUGGGCAUUAAUGGAGCUGGUAAAAGUACAACCUUCAAGAUGCUGACAACGGAGAUAACACCGACAUCGGGCAAGAUUAUACUCAAGGGCCAUCAAGUAGGCUCCAAGCCACUGUGCAAUGGUGAAAUUGGCUAUUGCUCUCAGAGUGAUUCCCUCGAUGGAUUCCUCACUCCUCAUCAGUCCUUGACUAUUCACGGUGAAAUAUGUGGUAUGGCUAAUGUACCGAGAGCCGUUGCCUCGAUGCUCAAAAGAUUUGACUUGUCCAAGUACGCGCAUCAACGAAUUUCAAGCCUAAGUGGUGGAAACAAGAGGAAAUUGUGUGCAGCAAUUAGUGUGAUGACACCAGUUUCGAUUGUUCUCAUGGAUGAGCCAACCAGUGGUAUGGAUCCAGCAUCCAAGGAACUUGUGGCACGUGCUAUUCAUCAAGUAACCCGGACCGAGGCCUCCGUUAUUAUGACAUCUCACAGUGUUGCUGAGUGUGAAAAAUUGUGCAAUCGUGUUGGCAUUCUUGCACGUGCUGGACUACGAUGCAUUGGAAGCCCUCAGCAUCUUAAACACAAGUACGGCGAGGGUUACGUGGCGUUUUUGAGAUUUCCACGAUCGAUAGUGCCUGGUGAAUUGAAGGAUGUGAUAUAUCGGUAUUUUCCAAUGGCUGAGGUAUUCUCGAGACAGGCUAAAGCUGCGCGGUUACUGAUACCGCAGAAUCACGAGUUGGUGCUCAGUGAAAUUUUCACAAAGUUCAAGUGCCUUGCUUGUGACUUGAAAGCCACAGAUUACACACUAACCCAGAGCUCCUUGGACCAGGUGCUGGUGAACUUUUCUACAGGGAGUGAAGACGAUUGCUCAGAUUUGCGGUCCAAUUCGAGGAGAAGGAUAAAUCUCAACCAGCAGCACGGCGUGGAUGGCAUCCACAUGGAUACAUUUUGAUAAAAAAAGUAAAUAUUCGAAAGAGUGGAAAGGAAAAGGAAUAAAUCAUGUCACGACUUUGUAAUCUUUUUUUAUUGUCUUCUGCUGUUGCAUCCGAGCUCUUUCCAUUUCUAAAGAACGCAGGGCUUUUUUUUACGACGACCGAGAAAAAUGGUCUGUAUAUUGAAUAACGGAAUGCAAUUGUAAUAAAUGAUGACCUACUUAUUACCAAGGCAUCAAUUCCACCUUGAAAUAUACUAGAUUAACGAGA